AUGGUCGGAAUAGACGGAUUACCCUUUACAAAAAAUCCUCCUAGUCAAUUAUGGCCUAUUUUAGGGUAUUUUUCAAAUAUCUCUGACUCUAGUGUUUUCAUUAUUGGUUCAUAUUAUGGUAAGCCAAAACCAGAAGACAGUAAUGAAUUUUUAAGUGAUUUUGUAAAUGAAAUCCGUGUGCUGAUUAAUGAUGGUGUGAUGUAUAAUAAUAUCCAUGUAAAACUUCAGCUAAAAGCUCUUAUAUGUGAUGCCCCAGCAAAAUCUUUUGCUUUAAAUUUUAAAGGGCACACAGGUAGAAAAUCAUGUAUUCGUUGUCAUACUAUUGGUUCUUAUGGGGAUAAUGGUAUUUAUUUUCCUCAAUUAAAUGCACCACUUAGAACUCAUGAUGAAUUUAAAUUAUAUUCCGAUUCAGAUUUUCAUUGUGGAAAAACAAUUUUGGAAGAUAUACCUAAAUUUGAUAUCAUUUCUUCUGUACCAUUUGAUUACAUGCAUUGUAUUAUCAUUGGUGCCACCAAAAAAUUAUUUUACAAGGAAAUGUGA